AUGAGCCAGCUAAGGACAGCCGUCGCACUCGUCGCGGCUGCCUGCCUGGUAAGCAUCGCCUGCGAGGCCUUCGUGUCGCCGUCGGCACGCCCUGCGCCGCUCGGUGCGGCGCCCAAGGCCGCCGCUGCGGCCGCGGCGCCGUCCAUGGAGGCUGCCGGUUGGGGACUCGCAGCAGCUGGCCUGGCCGUCGGAGCCCACGCCGGGCUCGCGGUGGCGUUCCGUGCCCGUGCUGCGCGCAAGGCCGAGACGAAGCCGGCGGAGAAGAAGUACGUGGAGACGGUCGCGGACGAGCGUCUCUUCGAGCAGGUCUACUUGCAGUACACGUCGGAGUACUUGAAGGGCCCUCUCUACUGGCACCCGGACAAGUUGCAGGGCUGGCUCCCAGAUUACCCGGGCACGCCCAUGAUCAAGGAGGGCAAGUACACGAGCCAUGUGAUCGGAAACCUCAAGGCUUUCAGCUCAAACGAGCUUGCAUUCCUCUCCAUGCUCUUCUUUGGCGUCGGCCUCUAUGGCAACCUGCAGUUCAACUUCUACGACCCGCAGUGGGCCAAGGUGGAUGCUGGUGGUUUCUUCAAUGUGUCGUACAUCGUGGAAUCCUUCUUGCUUCCCAUCUCCUUCUUCAUGCACAUCGCCUGCUAUAUCCAACGCCAAAACGGGAAGUGA